GUUUCCCACUCACCUCGCUCCGUCCUCUGAAGGCGAGGUAGAGAAAGAAAGCAAAGAAGAGCUUAUCGCCAUGGAUUUUCCACUUAAUGCCCGCUUCUUCCUGCUUCCCCUCACGGUCGCCUUAAUUUUUACCGUAAUCAUGCCGGCAUUGUCCUCUCUGGUGACGUCCCCUACGGUCUCCGGCGGCCAAAUCAACUCCAAUUCGGUCCUCGUGGCACUCCUCGACUCCCACUACACUGAGAUAGCGGAGCUGGUGGAGAAGGCCCUCCUUCUACAGACCCUAGAGGAGGCCGUCGGCCGCCACAACCUCACCGUCUUCGCUCCCCGCAACGAAGCCCUGGAACGCGGUCUUGAUCCCGAUUUCAAACGCUUUCUUUUCGAACCGGGUAACCUCAAAUCCCUUCAAACCUUACUACUCUUCCACUUCCUCCCUUCCCGCAUCCCCUACGAUUCCUUCCCCUCCGCGCGCCAUCGCACCCUCUCGGGAGACCAGAUGAUCCUUACCUCGUCCAAAUCCGGCCACCACCGCGCCGAUGUUGCAGGCGUCGUCCACCCAGACUCCGUCCUCCGCCCCGACGGCAUCAUCCAUGGCAUCGAUCGCCUUCUCGUUCCCAGAUCCGUACAAGAAGACUUUAAUCGCCGGCGAAAUCUUGCCGAAAUAUCUGCUGUGCUCCCCACCGGCGCUCCUGAAGUCGAUCCCCGAACCCACCGGCUCAAAAAACCUGCUCCUCCAUCCCCUGCCGGCUCCCCUCCUGCACUCCCCAUUUACGACGCCCUGGCUCCCGGUCCCGACAUUGCUCCAGCUCCCGCCCCUGGCCCCGGUUCCGGCAAGCACUGGUUCGACGGACACCGCCAGAUCAAGGAUUUCAUCCAAACCCUAAUCCUCUACGGCGGGUACAACGAAUUCGCCGACAUUCUCGUCAAUCUGACUUCCCUCGCCACCGAGAUGGGCCGAUUAGUGUCUGAAGGCUAUGUCCUCACCGUCCUCGCUCCAAACGAUGAAGCCAUGGCGAAACUCACGGCCGAUCAGCUUAGUGAACCCGGUGCGCCGGAGCAGAUUAUUUACUAUCAUCUGAUCCCAGAGUAUCAAACGGAAGAGAGCAUGUACAAUGCAGUUCGUCGGUUUGGGAAAGUGCGGUACGAUACGUUGCGGCUGCCGCACAAGAUUGUGGCGAGAGAAGCGGAUGGAUCGGUCAAGUUUGGGCAGGGAGAGGGAUCAGCUUAUUUGUUUGAUCCGGACAUUUACACCGAUGGGAGGAUCUCGGUGCAGGGGAUCGAUACAGUGCUGUUCCCUCCGGAGGAGUCGCUAACUCCGGCGGUCGGCGGCGCGAAGGAGGCUGCUCAUGUGGUGAAGACUGCAGUUUCCAAGCCGAUCAGAGGAAAAUUGAUGGAGUUGAGUUGCCGCGUGCUCGGUGCUUUCAUUGAUCGGUCUCGCUUUACCACUUGUGAAUAGAGAGAGGGAGAGCUGGCAGAAAAGCAAACUGACGGUAAGAAGCAAAACGCUUAUUCUUUGCGUAAUGCAGGAGUAGGCUUUUGAAUUGCUGCUGCCCACAAAAAAAAAAAAAAAAAAAUA